GAAUCAAGGAAAAAGGAAAAGUGAAAAUGUCACCGAUACUGAUAACGAUAUGUUAUCAAUUCGUGUUCGUUCGAUUUCUAAUUUAAACUAUUGAAAGGGGAUGUGCUAAUUAGAAUCCAUUAUUUUAGGACGAAAUAUUUAAUAAUGUCUGAACACAAAUAAAUAGUCAACAUUGUGUGAGGAAUUGAGGUUACUAUUUUCCAAAUUUUCAUUCCUUUAUUAUUAUUUAAGAACCGAUUAAAAUCAUGAAAAUGCCUCCUACGGUUGAAGUCGAAAAUAAGUCUUCCAAGCUGCUGAAUUCAGAAGAAAAUAGUCAAAUAUUUAGGCUCUUGGGAAAUAGAUGUCAAACCCUCUCCACGGCAGUAAUUCAGCUUUUUCUCACUGAAGCUCCAAGCCAUUCUUAUUGGAUUAGGAGAGAUACAGGAGUACUAUGUUUCGUUAAGGAUAAUAUUCGAAAGAACUAUUUUUUUAGAUUAUUUUGUUUGAGAAGAAACAAUAUGAUUUGGGAACAUGAGAUGUAUAACAAUUUGGAAUAUAGUGAAACAACGUCCUUUUUUCAUGUAUUUGAAGGCCAGGAUUCUCUUGUUGCAUUUAAUUUUGCUAACUUGGAAGAAGCUAGAGAAAUGAAAAGAAUUGUUGAUGUUAAAAUAUAUGCAAAGAGGAAAAAAGAAGAAAGGAGGAGACAAUAUAAUAAGAAUAGUAAUAGUGUUGUUGAUAACAGUGUCAAUAAUUUGAAGCCUACAAAUCCACAAGACUUUGUAGUUAGAAAAGUACCGGAUUUAGCUGCAAAGCAAGCAAAAAGAAAACGUAACAUUACUAAGGCUGACAUAGGAAGCCCUCAGGAUUUCAAACAUCUCUCUCAUGUUGGGUGGAAUCCGGAUUCUGGGUUUGAUGUUGAUGGAGUAAAUGAUCAGUUGAAAAAAUUCUUUGCGAAGGCUGGUGUAUCUGAAAAAGAACUUCAAGAUAAAGAAACAAGGGAGUUUAUAUAUGGAUUCAUAAAUGAGAGGGGUGGUUUUGAUGCUGUGAAAAAAGAGAAUAUAGAAUCUAGCCAAUCAAAUAAAGUUAAUAACAGCAUAUCAUCUGCACCUCUGCCAGUGCCACCCGUACCUCCGAGAGGUCCUGGAAAACCACAUGUGAGGGCCGCUCCUCCUCCACCUCCAAGCGGUCCUCCUGGAAGGCCUGCUGCCAAAACUCAACCAGAUAAACCGAGUCUUCCAACAAAUACUAUAUCGGCUCCUCCUUCAGCACCUCCACCACCACCACUUCCAACAAAUUUGAUGCCUACUGUACCACCUCUGAAUGAAGCACCAUUGGACACAAGGUCCGUACUGCCUCCAGUGGAUAUGAAUGCAGCACUUCUGCAGAGUAUAAGAGAUGGAACGACACUCAAGCCUAUUGAAGAACGAAAAGUUGCUGCACCUAUCGAAGCAAGGAACGACCUUCUAUGUGAAAUUAGAAAAGGUUUUUCUCUCAAACCUGUUCAGGAGAGAGAAGUAAAACAACUGAAUCAGCCAACUGAAGUAGGACCCACCGAUCUAGCCGGUGCAUUAGCGAGAGCCUUGGCUGAAAGAAGUAAAGCUAUUCACUCAGAAGAUGAUGAUUCUGAAGAUGAAGACUCGAAUGAUGACGAAUGGGACUGUUAGAAAUUAGAAAUUUUUUUAUUCGAAUCUGGUAAUGCUUAUCUUACAUAUUAUAUAUGGGAUGAACUAACUGCAAUCAUGACAUACAUGACAACGGUUCAAGGCUGUUUGUAAGGCAAUAUUUAGAGUGAAUAUUUCUUUUGUCUCUAUUUCCAUAAACAUGCACAACUUUUCCUCUGUAAAAUCAUAGUGGAUCUCUCUAAGAGAUAUUCACACUUUAAGAAAGUUGAAAUACGAAGUCUUUCAAGCAAAGUUUUUUUUUAUCGUUCAAAUAAUGAAUUAAUGAGUAAAGUUCUGAAUCCCAGAAGGUGAACAAUUUAUUACCAUUGAAUGAAAACUAGUCAUGUUAAUUUGUUAAUGGGAGUUUAGUUAGUGCAUAUGUUUCUCAAAAAGUAUCCGUGAGUAACUGAGUUUGCUCUAACAAUUUUAUUGUUUUUGAGAUCUUGACCCGACUAGGAGGGCACCAUCAGAUGUUGAAUCGAGUCAUAUGAUAAAACUAUAUCACCAUCUAAUGAAACUUUGGUUAGCUAUAGAAAUUAAUAAUACACCGCAUAACAGUGGUUGAUAAAAAUAAAAUUAACAAGAAAUAUCCUUGAGAUGAUUUUAUGUCUUCAAAUAUCUUAUUUGAUCGAUCUUUUACAUGUUUUCUGUUUUUCAAUUGAACACUCCCCUUUAUUUUCAGAGACUUAAGUUUUUAUGAUCCUCUUGACAUUCUAAUUGACCUUAGAUAAAUAAGAAUAGCGGUUCUUUAUCGAUAUCAGUAAAAGGGCUACGGCGGUAGUGCUCCAGCCCAAUAUUAUACAUUUAUGUAAUUUUUCAUUUGAUUGUCUCUGACUACGAAAUUCGAAAUGAACCAUUAUAUAUUUGUAAAUUAUGAAAUAAAUAUUUUAUUAAAUUAGUUUUAA